AAAUUCAAAAAAGCAAAAACCAAAACCAGAAAAAGCCGAAUACCCCAAAACCCCAUCACACACUACACCUCCUUCUUCAGUCCUUCCCCGCUAUCAACGCAAACCCUGCCCCCUUUUUCUCUCCUAAGUCCUAACCCUCGAUUCCCUUUCACAAUGACACCAUGACCGGAACGGUGUCGUUUCAGCAAACCCCACCCCCACACUCCCACUCCCAACCCCAACCCCAGCAGCCACAGCCACAGCCAGAACCACCGCAACCGCAACAGCCAGCUCAGCCGCAGAGGGUGAUCAGGAAGCUCGUCGUGGAAGUAGUGGACGCACGUAACCUUUUACCUAAAGAUGGCCAGGGGAGCUCCAGCGCUUACGUGGUGGCGGACUUCGACGGCCAGCGGAAGCGGACGGCCACCAAGUACAAGGACCUCAACCCCGUCUGGAACGAGCCGCUCGAGUUCGUCGUCUCCGACCCUGACAACAUGGACUACGAGGAGCUCGAGAUCGAGGUCCUCAACGACAAGCGCUACGGCAACAGCGGCACGGCGCGUAAGAACCACUUCCUCGGCCGGGUGAAGCUCUACGGCACUCAGUUCGCCAAGCGCGGCGACGAGGGUUUGGUGUAUUUCCAGCUCGAGAAGAAGAGCGUGUUCAGUUGGAUUAGAGGCGAAAUCGGGCUCAGAAUUUAUUACUACGACGAGUUAGUGGACGAGGCGCCGCCGCAGCAGCAGCAGCAGCAACAACCGCCGCUGGAGGAUCCGCCGCCGGAGAGGCCGAGGUCUCCGGCGGUUGUGGUAGUCGAGGAAGGGAGGGUGUUUGAGGUCCCUGGAGGACACGUUGAGACUACUACAUUUCAUGAAGGCUCGUACUCGCCGCCGGUUGUGGUCACCGAGCAAUCGCAUCCGCAGAUGGUUCAUAUGCACGGUCAUCCGCCGCCGGGUCAGGAAAUGCACGGUCACGGACAUCCGCCGCCCGGUCAGGAAAUGCACGGUCAUCCGCCGCCGGAGGUUCAUUUUCAGCCGGAGGUGAGGAAGAUGGAGACUCACAGGGUUGCUCCGAUGGGCGAGAGAGUGAGAAUUCCGAGGAGGCCUAACGUCGACUUCUCUCCGAAAGUGAUUCCUGGAAAGUUCGCGGCGGAGACGACGGCGGAGAAGAUUCAUCCCUGUGAGCUGGUCGAGCCUAUGCAGUACUUGUUCAUCAGAAUCGUCAAGGCGCGUGGACUCGCGCCGAACGAGAUCCCCUACGUCAAGGUCCGUACAAAUUGCCACCUCGUGAAGUCGAAAAUGGCGGUUCACCGGCCGGGCGAGCCGACGGACUCGCCGGAGUGGAACCAGGUCUUCGCACUCGCUCACAACCGCCCUGACUCGGUGAGUUCCACAUUGGAGAUCUCCGUUCGCGACUCACCGUCGGAGCAAUUCUUAGGCGGCGUAUGCUUCGACCUCUCCGACGUGCCGGUCCGAGACCCACCGGACAGUCCCCUGGCUCCACAAUGGUACAGACUAGAAGGCGGAGCCGGAGAUCCAAAUUCCGGUAGAGUAUCCGGCGAUAUCCAGCUCUCUGUUUGGAUAGGAACACAAGCCGACGACGCGUUUCCUGAAGCGUGGAGCUCCGACGCACCGUACGUGUCUCACACGCGCUCCAAGGUGUACCAGUCCCCGAAGCUCUGGUAUCUGAGAAUGACGGUUAUGGAGGUUCAGGACCUCCACAUUGCAUCGAAUCUACCUCCGUUAACGGCUCCGGAAAUCCGAGUCAAAGCUCAGCUCGGGUCUCAGUCGGCUCGAACCCGGCGCGGGUCCAUGAACAACCACUGCGCCUCGUUUCACUGGAAUGAGGACCUCAUCUUCGUGGCGAGUGAGCCUCUCGAAGACUCGCUGAUCCUGCUCGUGGAGGACCGAACCAACAAGGAUCCAGUGCUCCUCGGCCACGUCGUAAUUCCGGUGAACUCCAUCGAGCAGAGAAUCGACGAGCGCUACGUGGCGUCGAAAUGGUUGCCGCUGGAAGGCAGCGGAGGCGGGCCCUACUGCGGCAGAAUGCAUCUCCGCCUUUGCUUGGAGGGUGGGUAUCACGUGCUGGACGAAGCGGCGCACGUGUGCAGCGACUUUCGGCCCACGGCUAAGCAGCUGUGGAAGCCGGCUGUAGGCAUUUUGGAGCUGGGGAUUCUCGGCGCGCGCGGCUUGCUUCCGAUGAAAGCUAAAUCCGGUGGGAAAGGCUCCACGGACGCUUACUGUGUGGCCAAGUAUGGUAAAAAAUGGGUCAGGACCCGGACCGUUACGGAUAGCUUCGACCCGCGCUGGAACGAACAGUACACAUGGCAAGUAUAUGACCCCUGCACCGUCCUCACCGUUGCUGUGUUUGACAACUGGCGCAUGUUUGCUGACGUCACAGAGGAAAAGCAGGAUUUCCGUAUAGGGAAAAUACGAAUACGCAUCUCCACGCUGGAGAGCAACAGGGUGUACAAGAACUCGUACCCGUUGCUGGUUUUGUCCCGGACCGGGUUAAAGAAAAUGGGCGAGAUAGAGCUGGCGGUCCGGUUCGCCUGCCCGUCCUUGCUGCCCGAGACGUGCGCGGUUUACGGGCAGCCAUUGCUGCCAAGAAUGCACUACCUCCGCCCUCUCGGGGUGGCCCAGCAGGAGGCUUUACGCGGGGCAGCCACACGCAUGGUGGCCGCGUGGCUCGCACGCUCCGAACCGCCCCUGGGGCCGGAGGUGGUGCGGUACAUGUUGGAUGCGGACUCGCACACGUGGAGCAUGAGGAAGAGCAAAGCGAAUUGGUUUCGGAUCGUGGCGGUGCUGGCGUGGUUGGUCGGGUUAGCGAAGUGGUUGGAUGAUAUACGGAGGUGGAGGAACCCAGUGACGACGGUUUUGGUGCACAUGUUGUACUUGGUCCUGGUUUGGUACCCGGAUUUGAUAGUCCCGACCGGGUUUCUAUAUGUGUUUCUGAUUGGGGUUUGGUACUAUCGGUUCAGGCCCAAGAUACCAGCUGGAAUGGACCUCCGGCUCUCCCAGGCGGAUACAGUCGACCCGGAUGAACUUGAUGAGGAGUUCGAUACUUUUCCAAGCUCGAAACCUCCGGAUGUGAUUCGAGCCCGGUAUGAUCGGUUAAGAAUGCUGGCGGCCCGGGUCCAAACGGUUUUGGGCGACUUUGCGGCCCAAGGAGAGCGCGCCCAGGCCCUUGUGAGCUGGAGGGACCCACGUGCUACAAAGUUGUUCAUAGGAGUGUGCUUGCUUAUCACUGUGGUGCUAUAUGUUGUGCCACCCAAAAUGGUUGCGGUGGCAUUGGGGUUUUACUACCUGCGCCACCCGAUGUUCCGAGACCCAAUGCCGCCGGCGAGCCUCAACUUUUUCCGGAGGCUUCCGAGCCUGUCGGACAGGUUAAUGUAGAGAGGAAGAGUGAAAGAAAAAGACUAGCUUUACAGCAUUUUUUUUUUGAGGUGCCUAGGGGUGUGACAAUUUCAAUCAAAACACUGU